CUAGUACAUAAACGAACCUACAGUCGUGGCUUCUCAUUGGAUGGUUUAAACAAAUCGACAGCGAUCGACAAAGACCAGAUGAAAACCUACAAAAUCACAAGUAAUGUACUGUUGUAUCGACAAUCACGAUUUACACAUUUUGAUACUUUCAGAAAUACCAUUCAGCAAUUACAUGGAAUAAACUUAAUCUAUCAAUCCAGGAUUCAUAUAUUAGUGCUUGAAGUGCUGACAAUAUUGAUUAUCCAGCAUAGUUUUACACUUAGAGUCGAUUCAGUCGACCAAUCAAAUCGAGGCUGUCUGUAUCAUGUUUUCCCCUGCUGUAUAUGGCAUAUUCCGCAGACAAUCCAUCACAAUCAAGAGGCGUAAGAAAUUGUUUUGUUGAGCUGGACUUGCAUGCUAUUGACUUAUAUUCAUACGAAAAUGAAUGUAAAUGACCAGUUUUCUACAGCUGUUGAAAUACGAAAUAGAGAUUUUGACUUGAAAGAAGUCAUUGAUGCGAAAAUUGACCAACAUAUAGAAAGUAAAGAUGCAUUUUACGUCGUCGAUCUUGGGGAUAUUGUGAAGAAGUUUGCCAAGUGGAAGUCCCUUCUUCCAAGAGUUGAGCCUUUCUAUGCUGUUAAGUGCAACGAAGACACCUUCGUAUGCCAGACGCUUGCUGCUCUAGGAACCGGGUUUGACUGCGCAAGCAAGACUGAAAUAGAUUUCAUUUUGAAUCUAGGAGUCACCCCAGAUCGUGUUGUGUAUGCCAACCCUUGUAAACAAAUGUCACAUAUUCGUUUCUCAGCAGACCAGGGUGUUGCAAUGAUGACCUUUGAUAAUGAAGAAGAGUUGCUGAAAGUGAAGAAGGUUUACCCCGAUGCUAAACUGAUACUUCGCCUACUUACCCCUGAGAACUCAAACUGCCAGAUUCAACUUGGAGCAAAAUUUGGAUGCCACCCUGAUAAUGUAGCAAAGCUUUUAAAUAAAGCCAAUGAGCUUGAAUUAGAUGUCAUUGGAAUAAGUUUCCAUGUUGGGAGCGAUUGCUACGAUCCUACUGCUUUUACCGAUGCAGUACUAUCCGCGAGAGAUGCAUUUGAUGUUGCCUCAAAACUUGGUUUCACAUUUUCCCUACUCGAUAUUGGUGGGGGAUUUCCUGGAAAAUCCAAUGGAAGAACUACAUUUGAGCAAAUUGCAGAAGAGCUCUCUUUCGUCUUAGAUAAGCAUUUCCCAGAAAAACAUGGUAUUCGUAUUAUUGCUGAACCCGGUCGCUAUUUUGUGUCGUCAGCGUACACCCUAUGCGUUAGUGUCAUCGGCAAGAGGAAGGUCAUUUCCCAGGAUCCCCAAGGGGGGUCGGAGACAAGCUUCAUGUACUAUGUUAACGAUGGAGUUUAUGGGUCGUUCUUAGACUGCCUAUUGUUUGAUGACUACGAGGUGUUCCCAAUGCUAGUCAAACCAUCAUCAAAGCCCAGUAAUACGUGUUCAAUUUGGGGACCUACCUGCGACAGCCUUGACUGCAUCAAAGAGACGCAUAGGCUUCCAGAGCUAGAAGUAGGAGAUUACGUAAUGUUCGAGAAUAUGGGGGCUUAUACUAUGUCAACUGCGACUACAUUUAAUGGGAUGUGUAAACCUCAAGUAUUCUAUGUGAUAGAAGAACAAAUCUGGGAACAAUUGUGGCCAUUAAUGAAACACAAUGGAACACCAGCCCAUAACAACAACGGCUGGCAAGAUCACAACUGACCUGACCUGACCUACCCAUUCAUCAAUGACUUGGAUGCUGAUAAACAUUAUUAUUAAUUAAGCUCCAUGUCCUCGUCUUCGAGUCAAUACAAUGGCGCAUUUGUGUUAAUAAUAAACAAAUAUUUAUGACUGAAGAAUUUUAUUUUCUUUGGAAAACUAUUUUCCUUUUAAUUAAG